UCCUCCUCUCCUCCCCCACUGAGAUUUCCAAACUGUAUCCCUGUGCCCUCCUCAUCUCCCAUCACUCUGGUCCGAGGGGUCCCAGAGGUUUUUGAUCCUCUUCUGUCUCUAUCAUCAUCUCUGUCCCUCCUGGACGAGAGGGCCACCACGACUUACAACCCGGCCUACCUACACCUUCUACCUACCUGCACCUUUUAACUCCUUUUAACUCGCCUUUUUUCUUGGGACAAGGCUCAAGAUGCCAGAGCCCACAAAGAAAGAUGAGACGCCAAAUGGCCAGCCAGAAGAAAUUGUUGCCCCUGAAAGUAACGGUGCCCCACCCCUACCUGAGAUUUCACUGGAGGUUUCUCCACCCCCAGAGGCGGUAGCAGAAUGGAAAGAGCCAGUAGAGACUGAUGGGAAGAAACCAGAGCCCACAGAGCCUGAGCCUUUACAGGCUGUGGUGGGUCAGGAGCCGAGCCCCACCGAGAAUGGCUCAAACCAGCCCCAGACUGGUGGGGCUGGGGUUAAAGAGCAAACAGCAGAGUCCAGUAACUCUGCUGUAAAGGAAGAGGGCCCUUGCUCUCCCCCACCAUCUGAUGAUGAUGAUGCUGCGGCCACUACUCCAUCACCAACACCCCAACCAGAGGAUGCCAGUUCACCCAAGAAACUCUCAAUUGAUCUGCCUAAUGAUAGCGUCCCUGUGCCAGCCAUGGGGAGAAAAGACUCAGUGUGGUCUCUGGGAGACGGCCAGGCUCCAGAGGACUUGGAAAAGCCCAUCGACACCCCACCGCUGUCCACCUUGCUGAUAGAGAAACCUCAAAGUGCCACGAUCUAUGUGGGUGGAGACGUCUCCUUUGUCGCCAAGGUGGAGGCUAAAGAUCUCCUUCGCAAACCCACUAUCAAGUGGUUUAAAGGAAAAUGGAUGGAUCUGGCCAGCAAGACAGGAAAGCACUUGCAGCUAAAAGAGACUUUUGACCGAUUCACCAAGGUCCACACGUUUGAAAUGCACAUCAUCAAGGCCAAAGAUAACUAUACUGGAAACUACAGGUGCGAAGUCAACUACAAGGACAAGUUUGACAGCUGUUCUUUCGACUUGGAAGUUAAAGAAGCUGAAAACACAGGCUUGCAGGGUAUUGAUAUUCGAUCAGCUUUCAAAAGAAGCAGUGAAGGACAAGAAGAUGCAGGGGAGCUUGACUUUAGUGGUCUCCUUAAACAUAGAAAUCAAAGGGAGCCAAAGCAGGAUGAUACCCCAGAGAUUGAUGUGUGGGAGAUCCUGAAAAACGCCCGACCAGAUCAGUACGAGAAGAUUGCCUUUAUGUACGGCAUCACAGAUCUGAGAGGUCUGCUGAGGAGGAUGAAGAAGAUACCAAAAGAGGAGAAGAAAAGCGAAGCUUUCGCAAAGAAACUGGAACCAGCAUAUCAGGUGGAUAAAGGUGGAAAGAUCCGCUUGGUGGUUGACCUGGCCGACCCUACAGUUGAUCUGAAGUGGUACAAGAACGGACAGGAAAUCAGACCCACUCCCAAUCAAAGGAAGUAUAUUUUUGAGCAUAAGGGCACACAAAGGAUUAUGGUCAUCAACAACUGCAGCGUAAACGAUGAUGCAGCCUAUUCUGUAGCUGCAGGAGACGAAAAGUGCUGCACAGAGCUGUUUGUUAAAGAAUUGCCAAUAAAGAUUGUUAAAGGUAUUGAGCCUGUGAAGACCACAGUGAAUGAGAGGAUUGAGCUGGAGUGCGAGGUGUCAGAGGAAGGAGCUCAAGUCAAAUGGAUGAAGAACGGUGUUGAGGUUCCCACAGGAGUUCGCUCCAGAUAUCGAGUUAAGUGUGAAGGAACAAAACACUACUUGGUGAUUGACGAUGCCUCCAAAGAGGACACUGGAACAUACUCCAUUAUGGCUACUGGUGGCACAUCUGAGGCUCGCAUACAGGUUGACUUGAAACCACUGAAGGUGCACCAGGACUUGCAGAAUAUAACAGUGUUGCUGGGUCAACCUGUCAAGUUGCAAUGCGAGAUUUACCCAGGCAAUGUCCCAGGUCGCUGGUACAGGAAUGGACAGCUGAUCCAGCCUAGUGACCGUAUCACUAUCAUACACAGAAAUAGGGUCCAUCGUCUUGAAACUGAAACAUGCUCCCUUCACGAUGCAGGAGAUUAUACUUUUGUACCUGAGGGAUACUCACAGAGCCUCUCUUGCAAACUUCACAUCAUUGACCCACCAAGGGUGCACUUGGACAGCUUGAACUUCCCAGACAACACAGUGACAAUUGUGGCAGGAAAUAAACUUCGCUUGGAGAUUCCAAUCAGUGGAGAACCGGCACCCAGGGUGGUGUGGAUGAAGGGAGAAAGGGUGAUUCUCGAGUCAGGCCAUCGUGUCCGAGCUGAAACAUAUGGCGACCAAACCAGCCUGACAAUUGAAGUGACAGAGCGGGAAGACAGUGGCAACUACAAGAUAGUCCUGCAGAAUGAGGCUGGUGAAGCUACAGCCAGCGUCAAAAUCAAAGUUGUAGAUAUCCCAGAUGCUCCAGAUGCACCCUUGGUCCCAGUGGUGGGUGGUGAUUGGUGCUCUAUGACGUGGGAACCCCCAAAAUAUGAUGGAGGUUCACCAAUAACAGGCUACUUUGUCGAGAGAAAGAAGAAACAGAGCUCUAGAUGGAUGAGACUGAACUUUGACCUGAUCAAAGAACAAUCAUUCGAGCCCAAGAAGAUGAUUGAAGGAGUGCCAUAUGAAGUCCGGGUCUUUGCAGUCAAUGCCAUUGGUGUGUCCAAGCCAAGUGAACCAUCCCUAGCCUUUACUCCCCUCGCUGUGACCAGUGAGCCCACCAUGCUGGUUGUGGACGAUAUCACAGACACCUCAGUGACCGUGAAAUGGCGUCCUCCUGAAACUAUCGGAGCUGCCGGUCUGGAUGGAUACUUGGUGGAAUACUGCAUAGAAGGAACUGAUAAUUGGAUAAUAUCCAACACUGAAGUCACAGAGAAGACCAAGUACACCAUUACUGGGCUGACUCCAGGGUGUAAAAUCUUAGUUCGAGUCAAAGCCCUCAAUGCUGCCGGAGCUAGUGCUCCACGGACCCUUCAGCACUCUAUCCUGGUCAAAGAGGUUGUUGAGCCACCAAAGAUCCGCGUCCCCCGACACUUGAAGCAGACAUACACUCGCAAAGUUGGAGAAGCAGUCAACCUUGUUGUGCCAUUUCUGGGUAAACCUAGGCCGAAGGUCACCUGGCUGAAGGGGGGUCAGCCCAUUGAGCCUUCGCACGUCAGCAUCCGUAACACCGACUGCGACAGCAUCAUCUUCAUACGUAAAGCAGAGCGUAGCCACUCUGGGAAGUAUGAGAUGACGGUGCAGGUUGAAAAUUAUGUGGACACAGCCAUCAUUGACAUACAAAUCGUAGACUUGCCUGGUCCUCCUCAGUGUGUGACAAUUGAAGAUGUUUGGGGAGGAAAUGUAGCUCUUGUCUGGACUCCACCAAGAGACAGCGGCAACGCCCCGAUAACAGGCUAUACCAUUCAAAAAGCAGACAAAAAGACAAUGGAGUGGUACACAUGCAUUGAGCACUACCAUCGCACUUGCAUCACCAUCACAGAGCUGGUGGUUGGGAACGAGUACUUCUUCAGGGUCUUUUCAGAGAACAUGUGUGGCAUGAGCGAAACUGCUACCCUAACUAAAAAAAGUGCCCUCAUCGUGAAAGAAGGCUUGCAGGUGAAAAUGCACGAUUACUGUGACCACGACUUCAAGGAGGCACCAAAGUUCACACAGCCGCUGAUCAACACUUUUGCCGUCGCCGGUUACAAUGCCACUCUCAACUGUAGCGUCCGUGCCAACCCAAGGGCUAAAGUGAUCUGGAUGAAGAAUAAGAUAACCAUCAUUGACGACCCACGCUACCGCAUGUUUAGCAACCAGGGAGUAUGUACUUUGGAGAUCAGGAAGCCCAGCCCUUAUGAUGGUGGCCUGUACACCUGCAAGGCCAUCAACGACUUGGGAGAGGCCCAAGUGGACUGCAAGCUGGAGGUCAAAGGAGGCUUCACUUUCUACGAACUGAUGCAACGCGGAGUGCCCCUACACCUGAUUGACAAGUACAUGAACGAGUCCAAGAUUGUCGAGCAAGAGAAGUAACAUCGGACCGAGUGCAAUGAGGCGUUUUAAGCUUUGCAGACAUCUGCCACCACUGGUGAUCCUCAUCUCUGGAGGGAUGAUGGAGGGAUGGAAAGACGAGUGGAGGAGAUGUCGGAGAGGGUGUACUGGUCUGUGGUGUGGCAUGUUGUGUGCAGGUUUGGAGCUAGUUACCAUAGAGAGAGAGAAAAAAAAAGCCAGUUCACGUCUUUGUCACCCACUUGUGUUUGAAAGACAGCUCAGAUGCAUGUCGGCAGUGUUUUGGUUCUAGCUUUGAUGAAGUACAUAUAAAACAUAUACAAAGCACAUAUAACACAGUGACACACACUUACACACACAGUAUUGAUGCACACUUACAGUAUUUAGAUGUUGAUUCUUGUUGGGAGUGCCCAUUGGAGGUGAUUAUUUAUUUCUAAGGGUCUGAAAGAAGGAAGAAGGGAAUGUAUAAACAAAAGUUUGGUGUUUGUAUGGCGUGUCAGAACUUCUAUAUGGCAAGAAAAAUUCAAAUAUAGCAGAGUAAUGUUGGAUAAAUGAAUGUGUAGACCCUAAUAUUUGUUCAUUUCACUUUUUUUCUGUGUAGUAUAUUUAUGUGUAAUAAGUGAGAAAAUGUAGAGGUCCUUAUUCUGCAUGACACAUUAUGCUUUUUGGAUUCGUAUUGGACUUGAGGCUUGAUUGAUGCUCAGUCAUGUGUGCAUGCAUUUAUCUUUGUAAUUAUCACCACGUGGAUCACAAUAAAAAAAAAAAAUUACA